AUGGAAGGAGAAAGCACCAUCCACAGUGAAGAGAAACCGUACACGUGUUCUGUGUGUGGACGAGGCUUCAAUCAAUCAUCUAACCUGUCAAAACAUAAUUGCAGUCACAAUGGGGAGAAACGAUGGAAAUGUGGGGAUUGUGGGAAGGGAUUCAAUUAUCCAGUUGAACUGGAAACUCAUCAUCACGUUCACACUGGGGAGAGACCAUUCACCUGUUACAAGUGUGGGAAGGGAUUCACUCUGUCAUGCAACCUGUUGGCUCACCAGCGAGUUCACACUGACGAGAGACCUUUUAAAUGCCCAGACUGCGGGAAGUGCUAUAAAAGUUCAGGGGAACUGAUGCGCCAUCAACGUGUUCACACUGAUGAGAGACCGUUCAGGUGCUCUCACUGCGGGACUGGGUUCAGGCAAUUAUCUGACCUCACUGUGCACGAACGAGUUCACACUGGAGAGAGUCCGUUCACCUGCAUGGAGUGUGGGAAGGGAUUUACUCGGUCAUCACGCCUGCUGACGCACCAGCGAGUUCACACUGGGGAGAGACCAUUCUCCUGCCCCAAGUGUGGGAAGGGAUUCACUAAUUCAUCCACCCUGCUGAAACACCAGCGAGUUCACACUGGAGAGAGGCCAUUCACCUGCUCCAAGUGUGGGAAGGGAUUCACUCAGUCAACUGACCUGCUGGAGCACCAGCGAGUUCACACUGGGGAGAGACCAUUCACCUGCUCUGACUGUGGGAAGAGAUUCACUCAGUCGUCAACCUUGCUGACACACCAGCGAGUUCACACUGGGGAGAAGCCAUUCACCUGCUCCGUGUGUAAGAAGAGGUUUUCUCACUCAUCCACCCUGCUGAGACACCAGCAAGUUCACAAGUAACUAAUCUGAUUGGAUUUUGCUGUUAAUCCAUUUGUCCAUUUGGGUCUGUUUCUGAUGUUCAUGAAGUCCAGCCCAGUUACAGUGAUUAACAUUCUGGACAAAAGUCAAAUCAGCUUUGUGUUAAACACACAGGGUGUUGGAUCUUUUAAUAUUUCUAACUUAAGUUAGUUUAUUUUGAAGGACUCUCCCUCCCCCCUGUCUGUCUGCCCCAUCCUCACCUCCAAAAUGAAGGAGGAGCCUUGAGUUCUUUGAGGAUAUAAUAAGCUGAGUGUAUAAAGGGGAACCAGUAGAUGUAGUGUGUUUGGAUUUCCAAAAGGCCUUCAAUGA